GGUUUUAAGAUUUCACUUCAAAUGCUAUCCGAGGACGGGCGGCUCAUUGUCAGGAGGGCUGCAGUCCGAGCAGGAGGGACAGAAACGCAGGUACAGGUAGCGGCUGCAACUCAGCAUCACAGAAAACACACUCGGCUCCACUCAACUGAGAGAAGAUGGAAAUGGACAGAGUGAAUUUCUCACCAGCAAGAAGGUCACCCCUCAGAGAUGAGCUCAGGCAAAUAUCUCAGCUGAGUUUCUACCUAAGCCCACCUCCGCUCAACAUUAAGCCCCCCAAAUUCUCUCCUCCCAGAUACCCCAGCAUGUCACCCAGCAGAGACUAUAGCGCGUUCAGCCCCCCCGCCUUCUUUCCCAUGCUUGGUCCCGGUUACGCCCAAAAGGAAGGAUCCCAAAAACGCAAAAGAACUCCUCUCAAAGUCGACGCCCACGGAGGAGAAUCUCCUGACGGAGGAGUCGAGGAGGCAGACAACCACCGCAGUAAGAAGACGGUGCACCUCUCCCACAUGCCCUUCCCCCUCCCCCCUCACCUCCUCCCCUCCCCACCUCCCAAACCCAUCCCCGGUAUGAUCGAGCUAAACACACUGCAGCUCCAUCACAGAUCGCCAGGUAUGAAUCUACCUGUGCAGGUGAAACAGGAGCCUCUCAGUCCUUCCCCGGUUUGGCCUCCCUCUCCUCUCCUCCUCCAUCCUCCCUACUUCCCACCCCUCCACCACAGCCUCCUCCCCUACCCCUUCUUCAUGCCCGGCCCCGUCAUGCACCUCUUCCCUGGUUCUUUCUACCCAAUGGAGGCCCUUCGCCCCGGGCAUCGCGCCCGUGAAGGCCCCCCCCGGCGUGCAGCGGCCAGUGCUGAAAAGCUCGGCCUCAGCGUCCACGUGGACGACAGUUAUUACGUAGAAGUAGGCGGAGGCCAGAAGAGGUGGAAGUGUCGCAUGUGUGAGAAGUCCUACACCUCCAAGUACAACCUGGUGACGCACAUCCUCGGGCACAACGGCAUCAAGCCGCACGGAUGCCACCUGUGUGGGAAGCUGUUUAAGCAGCUGAGCCACCUGCACACACACCUGCUCACCCACCAGGGCAUGAGGCCCCACAAGUGCCAGGUGUGCCACAAGGCCUUCACUCAGACCAGCCACCUGAAGAGACACAUGAUGCAGCACAGCGACGUGAAGCCAUACAGCUGCAGUGUGUGCGGUCGAGGUUUCGCCUACCCCAGUGAGCUUCGCGCUCACGAGCUGAAGCAUGACAAAGGACAGGAGAACGUGUGCGUGGAGUGCGGGUUGGACUUCCCUACGCUGGCCCAGCUGAAGAGGCAUUUGACCGCCCAUCGCGGCCCCACCUCGUACAGGUGUGCAGAGUGCCAGAAGACAUUCCAGUACCCGAGCCAGCUUCAGAACCACAUGAUGAAACACAAAGACAUCCGACCGUACAUCUGCAGCGAGUGUGGGAUGGAGUUCAUCCAGUCGCACCACCUGAAACAGCACACGCUCACUCACAAAGGCGUUAAGGAGCACAAGUGCCGCAUCUGUGGUCGUGAGUUCACCCUGUUGGCGAACAUGAAGCGUCACGUCCUCAUCCACACCAACAUUCGAGCCUACCAGUGCCACAUGUGCUUCAAGAGUUUCGUCCAAAAACAAACUCUGAAGGCUCACAUGAUCGUGCACUCGGACAUUAAGCCGUAUAAAUGCAAGCUUUGUGGGAAGGAGUUCAACAGGAUGCACAACCUGAUAGGCCACAUGCACCUCCACUCAGACAGCAAACCCUUCAAGUGCCUUUACUGCCCGAGCAAGUUCACGCUGAAGGGAAACCUCACCAGACACAUGAAGGUCAAGCACGGCGUCAUGGACACAGGGCUGGAUGAAAGACUGUUUCGGCGACGAGGGCGAUUCUGCAUGACGACUCCCCUUGACCUCCUCGCCCGCUUCAGCCAAGAGGAACCGUUUGACCUUUCCCAGAAGCCCCCGGGCCUGCCCGGCCUCCGCCUCUCCCAGUCGGACGGCGAGAGCGUCCCCGGAAGCUCGUGUCAGGAGGAGGAUGAGGAGAGUUUGUACAGAAGGAGCCAAUACAGCCCCGAGGUGGACCAACACGAGGCGGCACGCGAGGACCAGUACAUGGCUGAGCUGGAGGAGAGAGGGCAGGGGUCUCCAGCUGAGAUAAGGCCAGAGGAGAAGCAGUGUUUAGAUGAACAGAGGGAGUCAGAGGGACACUCUGUGGAUCCCAGAGGUGAGCAGGCGCAGCCCUUACAGUCAGAAGAGACAUCCGAGAUGCUGGAAUGAUGCAUCGCACAUGUGAAUCGAUGGGAGUUACGGGUCCACGGGCCGAAGAAGAGUCCACAGUUAGAAACAAAAUGAGAAGAAGAGGCAGGUUUUAGGGAAGACUGUUUGUUUUUGCGAGAGGGGAGUGAAGUAAAGUGCGUCUGUGUUUAACUGAAACUGAUCAUGUGGUUGAGGAGCCGAAAAACUGAAAAAAGGAAAGAUGAACAUAUCGUGUUUGUUGACGGUGAAGUAACUGAAGUGCAUCGCUGUGAAGCGAAGUGCAUGUACAGAACAUAUCAUACACUGAUCAGUAGUCACUGACAGAGGGUUUAUGCGCAUUCAUGAUUGGAUAAGUAUGAUUCAAGAAAGAUUAAUGAGUGAAUAAAAAUGAAAAUGGUUUUUUUACAAAUACUUUUGCAAUACUGACUGAAAUAUGCAAUUUUGCUUAACUUUGACUGUCUUUUAAAUGUGUAUGAUAUAAAAUAAAAUAAACAAAGUAUUCCAUAAAC